CCAAAAUCGCCUGCAGGAGCAAUAGCACAAUGGGGUAAAUCCGCAGAAUAGUAGAAGUGCUGGAUGAGAUCCAAUAGAAAAUCCCAGAGGGAAGGAACAUGACGACUGGGACAUCGCCCCAUAUAUCGACAUCCUGCCGGACGUAUCCUCGCAGAGAAAGAAGCAGAACCACCGGAACGAUCUCCGAUGAGCUCUCCACUGGGGGAUCACAGGACUCUACCUCCACCAGCUAUUUGGCAGCUAAAGCGGAGAUGGAGGAUGCGCUGGCUUCUAUAGGGAGGAGGAAAAAAAAGGCGCCCGCUAAGGGACAGCUGGAGAAGCCAUUGCCAGGAUGCUGGGCGACUUCCUGCAGCAUCAGGCGGAACAACCACGUUCCCAGCCCAACUCCGACUUCCUUUAGGUCCAAUAUGCUAUCGGCAUUCGGAGCUAAACUGCAGAUGGCGCGGAAAAGAUGGCGAGGCAUCCGUGAGACGAGAAGGAACCUUUUAAUUAUUAACAUACACAAAUAAAAACAUUCGUUGAACAUUCCA